UUGGACUCGGAGCAGUGGACGCUGUCAUUCAGCUUCAGCGCCGGUGGACAGUCAGUUUGUCUCAUAGAAGACCGUUUUAAAUCUGAGAAGCCAUGGGAGAGUGGGGAUUCCUGUCCAAUCUGCUUCAUAAGGUGCAGAGCCACUCCACUGUGGUGGGAAAAGUCUGGCUUAGCGUGCUCUUCAUCUUCAGGAUCAUGGUGCUGGGAGCGGGAGCCGAGAAGGUUUGGGGGGAUGAACAGUCUAAAAUGGUUUGCAACACCAAGCAACCCGGUUGUAAGAACGUCUGCUAUGACCACGCCUUCCCCAUCUCGCACAUUCGGUUCUGGGUUCUCCAGAUCAUCUUCGUCUCCACGCCAACCCUGGUCUACCUCGGCCACGUCAUCCAUAUCAACCACAAAGAGAAAAAGCUGAGAGAAUACAUGGAAGCCCACCCCAGCCGGGGGAUUGUGAAGGGACCAAAGUACUCUGACGAAAAGGGGAAAGUCCAGCUGAAGGGCAACCUGCUGGGAAACUACAUGACCUCCAUCUUCUUCAGAAUCCUGCUGGAGAUAGGCUUCAUAGUGGGGCAGUACUACCUGUACGGGUUCGUCAUGGAGCCGCAGAUCGUCUGCUCCCGGGUGCCGUGUCCCUUCACCGUCGAGUGCUUCAUGUCCAGGCCCACGGAGAAAACCAUCUUCAUCAUCUUCAUGCUGGUCAUGUCCUGCGUGUCGGUGGUGCUCAACGUGGUGGAGAUCUUCUACCUGGCGUGCAGCAGGUCAUCCAGGCGGAAGUCCAAAUCGGUGCCGACAACAGCCAUCGCCAUCCACCCGCGUUUCACCACCGACAGCAUGAUGAAGAACGAGAAGCACGGCCUCCAUGACUCCAGCACGGCUUGAGGGACGACGUUCGGUAGAUCCACUGUUGGCAGCAAGGCGGGAGAAACGGUGACUGCGCUGCAAAAACACAAAGUAUUACCCAGCGUUUUUGUUUGUUUUUUAGUGCAAAUAUCUUAGAGCACUUGAAAUAAGAAAAACUAACAAGUAGGUUUUCAGCAAGAUAUAAGAGCUUGUUUUAUGUUGCUGUAUGACUUUUGAUUUUUGUGUUUUUAUAAUGUAAAGCACUUUGAAAUGCUUUGUUGCAGAAAUGUGCAAUAGAAAUAAACUUUAUUAAUUGAUUAUUUUAAGUAAAUUAUUCCUUAAAGCUGCAGUGUGUAACCUUUAUAAAAAAUAUUAUUUUUACUUAUUUGUUGAAACUGUCAAAUCAAGCUCGUUGGCCUUCUCCCAGUUCUAACUAGGAACAACCAAUCAGAGCCAGGAGGCGGGUUUUAGCGCUGUCAAUCACCUUCCUUGCUCUGUGCUUGUGCUGCAGCUAGCAGAGCUUGUUGUGAAUGCUAAGGCUAGUUAGCAGGGCUACCAAUGAUGGCGGAUAAACUGUUUUUUCAUUAACAGAAAGCUGUUUUUCUGCUAUUACCACAUGAGCACCAAGUACACAUGGUUGAUUGACAGCACUAAGACGCCCCUGCUCUCUCUGGUUGUUUUUGGUCGGUGCAUUUCUUCAGACAUUUUAAUAAAAGUUACAUACUGCAGGUUUGGUAUUGAUGAAACGUUCUGGUUCCACUGGCAGAUUUUUUCACUUAUUUCAAAAUUUUUCCGAUGCUACAGGUGAAAUAAUCUGCCAUUGUGACUAUUACGGUUUCAUCAAUUUUAAUUAAUAAUUAACUUAAAAUAAGAUCUUAUAUCUUGCUGAAAAGUUACUAAGAUAUUUCCAUUAGAGCCUAAAUAAAAACAGUUGGUCAGAUUUUGUGUUUUUGAAGUGUACGAAGGUUAAAUUUGUGAGAAGAAAUGGCCCGUUUGUACGACUACAGUUACAGAAUACAGUGCUGUUAUUUAUGCUGAUAUUAAAUUACUGCAAAUUUGGAGUUCUGCCUUGUUCCUGUUUAAUUAGUGACAAACUUGAAUCUCUUGUAGCAUUGAUGUCAAUGAGAUUGUGAAGAAAAAUUUGUUUUAUUAGAUGUUUGCUUUGUGUUUUGUACAUAUUUGUAUCACAGCUCUUCUACAGGAAGCUGCACCUGUUUGUUUUUUAAAUCUAUUUGUUUGCUCUUCAAGGCCUGAUUAUAAUUUCUUAGUAGAUCAUCUUGGUUGGCUUUUUUUUUAUCAACAAGUUUUUUUUCCUUUUAACAUAAUUAAAUUCAUGCAAUACAAAAUGUAUAAUUUUAUGUCCCAUUUUGUAAAAUAAAAUUAUAUUUUCUGAAAGGUUAAUUGACCUCAUUAAUUUGACAUGUGAAUAUGAUGGGAUGCAUCUGCAAAAUGAAACUUUAUUCUGAAUUUACAGCACAUACAGCGGAUAUAAAGACACAGCACACCAUGCCAGAGAGGCAGCGAGUAAUAAAUGAAACUGAGAUCAAUUAUUUUCAAACUUUGUUUGUCUUGGGCUUUCCAGAACAUUUUAAUUGUCCAGUGAUUCUGUUGUUAAUUUGGAUGUAUGUUGGGCCUCAUUG